AUGUCAACCACUAGUACUUCUAUUGUAGGUGAUGAUCAUCGGUUGCACGAUACAAUAAUGCUUUCUACACAACAUAUUGUAGCCAGUAUCGAAAGAGUUGAAGCAAGCUGUGCUGGUAUACAAGCUUUGCUUUGUAAAGUUGUUGAAUCUCAAGCCCAGAAUCAACAACAACACGCACAUAAUCAACAGCAGCAAGCGCAGAAUCAAUUCCAAAUGAUGGAGAUGUUAAAGAUGCUAGCAAAUAAUACAAGUAUCAAUAAUGCUGGUAUUUGUAAUGAGGCUGCUUCAGGAAUUAAUGUCAUCCCUAAUGAACAAAUUCGUCCUGGUAUUCCUGUCGAAAAUGAACCACCGGAAAUCAAUGAGCAACAAGAAGAGGUUACUCAGGUGAACCCAGAAAAUAAUGAAUUUAAUUAUGAUGGAUAUCUCCCCAUAAUAGAAGCAAUAUGGGCACAAGACUGGAAAAAGGCAAAGGAAUAUCUACAUGAUCAUCAAACUAUCCUAAAAGAAAUUUUCCUGACAAGAGAUUCGAGGAAGGAGAUUCAUGCUAUUCUCUAUACUGCUCAAUGUAACCGCCAGUACACGUUUCUGGACAAGUUUUUGGAACUGGUGCCGCCAAAAGCACUUGAAUAUGUGGACCCAGCAGGAGCUACAAUAUUGCAUCUAGCUGCGAUGUCCGGUGGAAUAAAAGUAGUUAAGUCGCUGGUGGAGAAGAAUCCCAACUUGACACAAGUAUGGUCCAAUAAUGUAAUGCCAAGUGUGCCCCUUGCCUUCGCGUCCAGAAGUGAUAGAGAUGGACAAAAGGAGGUGAUAGAGUAUCUUUACUCUGUAACUAGAGAUGAGGACCCAAGUCCAUUCUCUGGUCUACAUGGUUUUCAUCUGCUAGGAAGUUUAAUAUCGUCCGAUAUGUACGGUAUGGCAUUAUCCGUAUGCCAACGGUUUCCAGGAUUGGUUAAGGAAAUAAUGGAUGGAGAUGAUGAAAUUGGUCUGCCGCAGCUUUUAAAUUGUAUUGUGGAGAGGCCGUUUGCAUUUUUAAGCGGGUCAAAAAUGAAGCGCUGGGAACGCUACAUCUAUACAGUAAUUGGAGUGGACAUGGGUAGUCCAUUCAACGGUGGCAUCGAACGUGAAAAACAAAAGGUUAGUUUGGAGAGCACCAUCAAAGAAGACGAAGAGAAUCCUCGUGGUGCCUCAAAAUACUCCUCCACUGGUAAUAAUAAUAGAUCCAUAACCAAGUGCAUCUCAUUCUACUCCAGGCUCUACAUUACAAAAGUGCCUCCUAUCAAGAAAUUAUACGAACAAAAGUUGAUGCACCAACAAGUCGUUGCCCUGACGAGGUAUUUAUUAGGACUACUUAGUAUGAAGGCAAUAGAUGUAAAAAGCGUUACAGACAUAUUUCUUGAAUCUAAGCUGUUGGAGACAGCUAUGAAGUUCGGCACCACAGAAUUCGUAAUGGAAUGUUUACUGAUAUUUCCUUUCCUGUAUUUCAAAACUGAUGAUGGAGAAUUGGGACACACAUUGAUAAAGUUGGUUGUCCGCGAGCGGAAUGAAAUGAUAUAUAAUUUCAUUCAUAUUCUAAAACAAAGAUGCUCGUUGGGUAUAUUUUCUGAUCUCGAUGAUAAGGAUAACAGUAUCCUUCAUUUCAGUGCUGAGUUACCUCACAAUAGAGGACUCCGUGAUAUAUCUGGUGCCGCAUUUCAAAUGCAACGAGAAAUACAAUGGUUCAAGAUGGUGGAAAAUACAAUGAUACAGAAAGAUAGGUUUGUAAUUAAGAAACGAAGAUGGUAAUACUGCUCACUUUCUGUUCACGGAAAA